CUUACAUGUGUUGAACCUGAGCGGGAUGAACAUCUGGAAGAGAUGCAUGCAUGUGUAUAUGAGGACAAGGAACUCUGUGAAGAACCCAUCUGAAGUCACUGUUAGCGUCUUGGGCUGUUAGGAGCUGAAUCAUGGACAGCGAGGUGGAAACGAUGACCUCGGGUUUUGACAGUCCUCUGAGCCCGAGGCAGCUGACAGGUUUGGGGAUGAACUGUCUCGGUGGCCACAGAUUCAGACACUCUGGACCAGGUCUGGCCAGUCCUCAGGAGUAUAACCAGUGGCUGCCGUAUCGCCACGAUGCCAGUCUGCUGCCCAUGAAGGAGGACCUGGCCUUCUGGCUCAACACUAUCAUGGAUGUGGAUCUCACUGCUGACAAUCUGAUGGAGAGGCUGGAAAAUGGAGUCAUCCUCUGUCAACUGGCACAGACGCUCCAGGAGAAGAUGAUCAACAACGGCAACAAUGGCAAGCACUUCAUACGGAGAGUGAUCCACUGGCGAGCUGAUGCUACUUCUGGGUCGUUUUUUGCCAGAGAUAACACAGCCAACUUCCUCUACUGGUGCCGCAAGAUCGGUGUGGAUGAGGCUUACCUUUUUGAGUCUGAGGAUCUGGUCCUCCACAAGCAACCUCGGGAAGUGUGCGUAUGCCUGAUGGAGCUGGGCCGAAUCGCAGCCAGGUACGGAGUGGAGCCUCCAGGGCUGGUGAAGUUGGAAAAAGAAAUAGAAAGGGAGGAGGCAGGUUGCUUCUCACCAUCAUCCCCUCUACCCUUUUCCUUUUUUCCUCCUAUAUCAGCAUGUUCACAGCCGUCCUUGGCCUCUGUCCCUGCUCCUCCUCCACCUCCUCUUCCUCCACCUCCACCACCCCUCACUCCAAGCACAACCUGUCUGUCUGAACCCCUCUCAGCCCCCCUCGCCUCUGAUCUUCCAUCAGCCACAACAAACCCAGUGACUCCUUGUUUAUCCCCCCCUCAGUCCCCCUUCUCAGCCUCUAACCCUUGUACAACCACAGCCUCAACACAAACACCUUUGUUUUCUUCAUCCAGCACCACUAACACAUCUGCUCCAGCUUCACUUUCAGCACUUUCCACAAGUCUGGUAUCAACUACCAAAGUGUCUUCUCCCACAUUAACCAACCACACAACCACAGCAACCCCCCCCAUCCGUUCCCCUCCUGCAGCCCCGACUCGAAACUCCAACAAAUCUACGAGCCGAAAGAGCACAGGCACCAACAGCCUUCUGGAUGACAUUGUGAGGAAUAUUAUUGAGGAUCCUCCUUGCAGAUGUCCCACCAGGUUCCCUGUUGAGAAGCAGCCCAAAGGUUGCUACCGUUUGGGGGAUAAAGUUCUGUAUAUACGGAUGCUGAAUGAACGUCAUGUGAUGGUUCGUGUAGGCGGAGGUUGGGAGACCUUUAUUAGUUACCUGCAGAAACAUGACCCCUGCAGAGGAGGACCGGUCAGCAGAUCUGAGGUCAGGGUCUGUCGGGACAAAGCGAAGCCACCCAGUCUCCACAUCUCACCUGACAGCUACAUGGUGGUCGGGGCCCAUUACCGAAACAAGAAGUAGACUCUUAUACUGUGGGCACACUCACUUCAUCAGACCAAACCAUGGGUCAGUGAUAAAACAUACAGUUCAGACCAUUUUACCUAGUAAUAAGAAAAACUUUCAUAUAUUUAAAAGUCAUACUAUGGAAUCAGCAGAUGAAUCAUUACUUACACUGUUCUGUACAUUGUCACAGUUGUGUUUUAAUGCUUCAGUGACUCAAAUAUUACUCCUGGUAGGGUUUCCUGUAGUAUGUCAUUGUUUAUUCUAUCACAUUGCGAUUGAUAAUGAUAUGGUUGUGUUGAUUUCUCACGGUAGCUUAGAUUUGUAUAAAUGGAGCUUUUGAGUCUUAAAUGCUUAAUUCUGUAAUUUCAAGCACAAGCAUAGAUUAAUACUGCGGUGUUGCUGAUUAGAACUACAGAUCUGUGUGUAGUCAUAUGUAUUUUAAUAGAUACAUUGUAACCUGAAGGCUAUGUGAUCAUAACUAAUCAUACAAUCAUGUUGUUCAUUGUAAAUUUCAGGAAGUUUUUAAUAGUAUACGACAUUUAUUUGUCUAUUAUUUAGCAAUAUAAUAUACAACAGAUGUAAAAAAUCACUUGUGUGUGUUGCCCUUCCUCAUGGGUUUGUGUCACAGCUGUCUGAGUGAAACAUUUCAGUCUUUUAAGGACAUGAACCAUGAAGUCCUUCCUCUAGAUGGCACCAUGUCCUAAGUGACAAAAGGCCUCGCCUCCCCUUUUGUCUGGAGGAGGGAGAUGGUCACACCAUGGCUCUGUCAUGUCACGCUUCUUGUAGAUUUCUGCAUAAACUGACAUUGCUGAGACCAAAUCAGAUUUUAAGGAAAGAGACGCUAUCAGAGCAGACGAACACACCACAAACACAACAUUAAUAAUUACAUGUUUUAUUUCAGUAAAAUAAAUUAAUUAAAAAUGGACACGAGUUGUAAUAUAUUGAAAGAAACUAACGGUAAUGAGAUCAUGCAAGACUGUAAUGUCUCUUUAGUCCCCACAUCACAUCCUCAGUGGAUUGAACCAGUAUAAAUGACUUGUACAAAAUUGCUGUGCUACUGAAACAAGUGCCACUUUAAAUAGUGGCAUUUUUUACAGGUCAUCUCUCAUCGCACUUUACAUUUCAGAGUUUCUCAUGAAAUACAAGAAGUUG